AUGGUCAUUUUCGUAUUGAUCGCGACCCCGGUCCCUGAAGAUGACCCAUCCCACGACACUUUUAUGAUACCUAGUGUUCUUUGUUACAUCCUUCCUCACCCAGGACAAAGACGUGCAACACUGAAGCUACCCCGAGAACGCAAAAGUCCCACGAAGCGCCAUAUCCAAGCCCACCUUACGCCCUCGCCCUGGCUGCGUAGAGCUAUGGCAUUCUGGACAGGUUGGGCCCUUUGGCAAAAGUUGAGUUUUAUACUCGUCCUCGCAUAUUCUUUCUGUGUUCUUGCCUACAAUAAAAGGGCGCUGAAGAAGCACGCAGCCGCAGAAGCUCGUCGACAAUCCGAACAAGAUGCGGAGGCGUAUCCGAUGCUGACAGAACAACACGAAGUGCCAUUCGGGGCCAAAGCUCUACAGAAAGGUGUCCAUGUCGAAGGAAUAUGGGUCCCCAAGUGCGACGUGCCAGCGCGGCGUGAUGAUGUGAACAGUCAAGCAAUCUCAACCGGGGAAGUCCAGCGACCUCUACAAGCACACAAAGCAGCAGAGCCACGAAGCAAGCACCAGUCUAAAAGACACUCCAAAUCAACAGGUGGAGAUCCAACACAGAACCAACGAUCCGAGUCCUCCGACUACGAAGAUGCUCCUGAAGACCAACCCUUUAAGCGACCAUCGAAAGAUGAUGACCGGUCGAGCAAACGUGCCACUGUGGGCUCAAACCGUCCCUUAUCAGGGUUGCUGGGCCAGCGAAGCUCAUGGAUUUCCAAGCCGUUUGAGGGGCUUAAGAGGUUUUCAAGGCCGGAAGGCAAGUUAUCGCGUGUCUACUACAUUCAUGGGAACGCCGACUAA